AUGGUAGUGUAAGCCAAUAAGCUGUCCCCUCAGCGUGACGCAUCCUCCUAUCAGCUGUUUUUGUUUUGUUGUGGGGCUACUGGAAUAGUUCUAACACAAUAAUUACAUCUGUAUCUCAUUGUUGAAGUAUAAAGACUUGUUAAUGGGAUAUCAUAUCUAAUCUGAAACACCUUGAUGAAUAGUUGUACCUAUCUGAGAGGCAAACUUUGGCUUGAACCACCCAGAUCUAUCCGGACAUUCCUCUCCCGAAGCAGAGUGUGAGCGUGGCGCUUGAGCCUGGGAGCGGAGGAGGGGAGACUGGUUCCGACUGGGAUCGACUGGAGCUCAAGGCCUUCGACCUCGGCCAACAAGAGGAGAGGGACAUCUGCGGCUGGGAUGGAGCGCCAGGAAGCACCAGACGGCCCCGAUGCCCAGCAAAGCUUCAUCUGCGCCUCGUUUAACCAGGACACCACAUCUCUGUCAAUGGGCACUAAGACUGGAUAUCGGCUCUUCUCCGUAACAUCUGUUGACAAGCUGGACUGUAUCCAUGAAGGGGUUGAGUGCCCAGAUGUCUACAUAGUAGAGCGGUUAUUCUCAAGCAGUCUUGUUGUGGUGGUCAGCCUUUCCAUGCCACGUCGAAUGAAUGUUUACCACUUCAAGAAGGGAACUGAGAUUUGUAACUACAGCUACUCCAACAACAUUCUUUCUGUCAGACUCAACAGACAGCGACUGGUGGUCUGCUUAGAGGAGUCCAUCUACAUUCACAAUAUCAAAGACAUGAAGCUGCUCAAGACCCUGCUCAACACACCCACAAAUCCCUCAGGUUUGUGUGCACUCUCUGUGAACCACAGUAACUCGUACCUGGCAUAUCCUGGGAGUGCCACCAUUGGAGAAAUCACUGUCUAUGAUGCCAACAGCUUGAGCACAGUGACCCUGAUACAGGCUCAUGACAGUCCACUGGCAGCACUAACAUUCAACGCAUCGGGCAGUAAACUGGCCAGUGCCUCAGAAAAAGGCACUGUCAUCAGAGUCUUCAGCAUUCCAGAGGGAGAUAAGCUCUUUGAAUUUAGAAGAGGGAUGAAAAGAUAUGUCAGCAUUAGUUCACUGUCCUUCAGUGCAGAUGGACAGUUUCUGUGUGCCUCCAGUAAUACAGAGACUGUGCAUAUAUUUAAGCUGGAGCAACACAGCCCUAGGGAAGAUGAGGAGUCGCCCACAUGGUCUGCAUAUGUGGGAAAGAUGUUCACAGCAGCCAGUACCUACUUACCCAGUCAAGUAUCAGACAUGAUGCACCAGGACAGAGCCUUUGCCACUGUGCGACUCAACAUGUUUGGCCUGAAGAACAUCUGUGCACUGGCAUUGAUUCAAAAGCUCCCUCGUCUCUUGGUGGCUUCAUCUGAUGGGUUUUUGUAUAUUUACAAUGUAGACCCGCAGGAUGGGGGCGAGUGUGUUCUGGUCCAAAAACACAGGCUGUUUGAGGGCGAAGAUGAACUGCUAGAGGAGAAAAAAGAAGAAGAAAAAACAGAAGACAUCACACCUCAACCACCCAGUCAGUCAUAUGCUGCUACUGUGGCUCUACCAUCAACACCACCUUCCUCCACUACGCUUAUGGGAUAUUCUGAAGAAGGUGGAGCACAGAAAGGAGAAGUCAUCCCGGAGCACGAGUUUGCAGAGAGUCCUGUCCGCCUGGAUGAUGAAAAUGAAUUCCCACCAGUUGGUAAUCAGAGUAACUGACCAAAAUACUUCACCUUUCCCCUCCUCACUCCCUGCAUACUAACUUGUAUAAAGCAAUGGACAGAAAUAUUCCUGAAGUCCAUUUCACACAUCCCCCUUCCGGUGUUUCAUCCCCCUAUUCACUUUUGAAAAGAAAAGGGAAAAAACACAAAAAUUUAAGUCUAAACAUUUCUGAGUACAUUCAUUUUACCAUAAUACAACAGUGUUAUUAUUUCUACAUUAACUGCCAUCUUAAUACAUUCACUUUGGUUUGUCUAAAAGAGCAACUGGGAAAAAACAACUAUUGCCAUACUGUUUAAACCAAUGAGAUAGCAGCUUAAAAGAAACUUGAAAGAAUGUGAAGAACAAGCACCUUGAAAGCUAUAAUUUUGUAGGCCUCACCAAAUGGGCUCUACACAGUGGGCAUUACAGGUGUCACAGAUGUAAGGAAAUAGUCAAAGGAGAACAAGUUUGUGUGUUACACUAUUUAAAAUGAUGCAGUAAGUAUUAAGUGACUUGCAGAUGCAGCAGUAUCAAUUACUGUAGCAUUAGGUGUGGCUGUUCUGCAGAGUCAGCUCGUGUAAGGAAUCUCUAAGGAAACUAAAAAGGUUAAUGCAUUUCAGCAACAUCGUAAAUAUGUAACAUGCUGAUAUUUUUAAACCAUUAUGCAUUGAGCAUCAAUACAACCAUGUGUAAUUAUAUAUUUUAAAUGAUUUUUCUAAGGUAUGUUGUAUAUAUAGUAUAGUGUUUAUUUACAUAUGGUACUAUUGUAAUGGAUCAUAUGGUAAUACAUCGAAGCUGCCAAUGGGUGGCACUGUUGAACAUCUUUAAACUGCUUAAAUCGUUCCAUAACUACAUGUACAAUAGAACUUAUUAAACUGACAAGAAAGUCAA